CUUGUUCACAUAGGUCAAGUAAAUCCUCUGCUGGUGCCUUUCGCCUUACUACCAUGCCAUUCCGUUCUCGCAAUGCUUAUUAUCUGCGUGUCUCCAAAACUACGCUUGUUCCACUUUAUCUUUAUUUAGACGAGAAACACACGGAAUGGAUGUCGGACAUAAUAUUGCAACAUGUACUUGCCGACCUUAGGCCUCUGAUUGUGCCAAAGUUACAAGCUGAGUGGGACAUACACUUUGGCUCGGGGUCUUCAGUCAACAACAAGAAGGGAUCAGUUGAUGUCCACAGAGGUGAUAUCUAUCAAUUCGCCUUCUUCUUCAGACAGACAGAGCCUCACUCUGUGAUACUGAAGACAAGAACAUUUGUUGCAACUUCUUCGCUUGCGGAGAGUACUCAUGUAGUACGCAAGCCGGUCAAUGCUCUCCCCAUCCCUCGAACGAAACAAAACAAGAGGGCACGUGCGUCAUCUCAGAAGUCACUCGAUUCAAGCGGGCAUAUUGCUAGAAAGAAGAUGAAAAUCAACACGAAGGGAAAAGCUAGACAGGAAAUCGACUCGGAUGAAGAGGAGUUAUUCGAUCCUGAAAGUUCAGAAGAUAACAUGGACGAAUGUUUGCCCCCAAGCCGGACCCGACAAUCCCGCAGAACCACAAGGGUUGCCGCAGGCGGAUAUCGAGAGGACGGUUCUGACCUUGAGGACGAAGAUUCUUAUCAGCCAGUCAGCGCCGCGACACCCGGCCAACGCGAAGUAACUGCGAUUAAUGUCGAUGCUGACCCAGAUGUUAAACAUGAAGAAGAGGAAGCUACGCUGAGUGAUGCCCCGCUAGGAAACUCAGAAAUUGAGACAGAGAUGCAAGUUGAUACGGAGCCUCCCGGUCACAGCAUGGACCUCGAAGUUGAAGAGGAGGAGGAGAAACCAAAACCACUCUUGCGGCUUCAAUACAAAGGGUUUCACAUCCUGGGUCGAUGUCUGUGCGUUGUUGCUGAGCCUUAUCCACCCAUCAGAGCCGUCUCGGUCGCAUCCCCACGGCGCCUUAACCUCGUAAGACAGUCUAGCAUCGCUGCCCCUAAUUCCAUGGGCAGCGCGCCAUCCCAGCGUGCUAGGACCCCUCUGUUCUUUCCCGAGGACAGGGAAGAGAGCAUGCCACCCUCGGCAUCUGCCCGGGACGCGCUGAGAUCGUCCAUCCCACUUUUCAAUGACACACCUCAGGUCGGCUCACUUGACGAAGAGGACAUGGAGACGAUCACGGAGGAUGACUUCCUCAAUUUCAGUCAAGUGCUCAAUGCAAGCGGAGAUUCACGUACCGCAAUUGCAGACGAGGAUGACGAGAUGGACGGAGCAGUGUUGUUUGGAGACGCUGAUGAAGUGAGAGAGCUGUCUUAG